CGUUUCACUCUAGGUUCCCCAAUUGGCACGCACCAAUGCAGAUAAGGACCGGCUUGGACGCAUCUGGCGCCUGAACGCGUAUCCAUCAUCAUUGCGCUCAACGGUGUCUCCUUUCUCCAGAUCGCCGGUAUCAUGCAGUCUUUAAUAUCCCCAGUCACCAAAGCAAUACUGGUUGCUCUGUUUAUUUUUGCGAUCCUGCUCAUUCUUUACGUGAUAUUAUGGUAUAUAUGUCGAGAUGUGGAUUGUGAUCAUGGAAUUUGAUGGACAUUAUUGGAUGCGUUUUUAAGGACAUGCACCGGGUGUCCCAGCAUUGGCACUGAUCACCAAGGGAGCAAAGGGUGACCCUGAUUUGCCCAAGCAGAAUGGAAAGGUUGCCAUAGUGACAGGGGGGACCAGAGGAAUGGGAUAUGAGAUUUCCAGACAUCUGGUCAGCCUCGGCAUGCAUGUGGUCAUUGCUGGAAAUGAGGAAGAGGAGGGUCUGGCAGCAGUAAAGAAGAUUCAGAACGAGCUGAAUCUGGUAAAAGUGGAGUUCAUGUACAUGGAUUUGGCCUCUUUGACGUCUGUGCGGCAGUUUGUCCAGAGAUUCAAAACUAGAGGCUUGCCACUUCAUGUUCUUGUCAAUAAUGCUGGCAUUAUGCUUGUUCCUGAGAGGAGUACAGAGGAUGGGUUUGAACUGCACUUUGGGCUAAACUACCUGGGCCAUUUCCUGUUGACCAACCUGUUGCUAGAUGUGCUGAGAACAUCAGGCAAACCUGAGAAAUGUUCACGAAUAGUGAUUAUGUCUUCAGCUACCCACUAUGGAGGAAGAUUAUCUCUGGACGACUUGCAGGGAAGGAUGUGUUAUAGUGCCCACGGUGCAUAUGCACAAAGUAAACUGGCCCUGCUGCUGUUCUCCUAUCACCUUCAGGACCAGUUGUGGGCCAGAGGAGACCCAGUAAUGGUUAAUGCAGUGGACCCAGGCAUGGUGGACACAGCCUUGUAUGACAAUCUGUGUAGCCCAGCCCAGUUGGCCAAGAAGCCUUUCGCUAAACUGCUCUUCAGGACGCCUGCAGAAGGAGCAUCCACGGCCAUCUACGCUGCAGCUGCCUCCGAGCUGGAGGGGAUUGGAGGACUGUAUCUGUACAACGGUCGUAAGACAGAGUCUUCAGCGAUUUCUUAUGAUGAGCGGCUGCAAACCAGGCUAUGGAAAGAGAGCUGUGCUCUAGUGGGCCUCCAACAGGCCUGAGAGAACAUUGCACCAGCAAUAAUCUUUUUGUUGGCAUUCCAUGCUGAUCUCUCAGUAAGACUUGGUCCUUUACCUCAUCUUAUAGUUCAUACAGCAUCCCUCUGAAGAGCAUUUCAACCUCAGGUUAUCAAGACAGUGCUCCUAGUUGCCAAAUUUUCACUCUCAUCUUAUUACCGUUAUAUUGUUCGUUUGUGUGAGGAGCACUUUGGUUGGUGGUUCCACAAGUUCUCAGAGAUUCUGUAGAAUCAAGAAAAUGACCAACUUAUCUGUCAUGCACACUAACACGUGCAACAUUUUAAAAAUGCUAAUCCCUGUUCUGGAACUCCUCUUCACUUGGAAUCUUUCUCAACAAACCUUUCCUGAACCAAGCAAAUAAUACUUGUGAUUUUUACUAAUAAUCUGCUAUCAUGAACUCUGCUAAGCCUUUUUGGCUGCUUAAUGAAUCUGUACCAUUGCAAUGACAGUUCCGCUGAUUUUCCUUUGGAUUUCAUCAAAACAGACUAAAGCCAAUCAAAGGAUGAAAGGAUUGCAUGUGAAAUCUUAAGCUCUCUGUACAGGGCAAAUAUCAGCCUGUCUCUGUUGAUUCCCUGUUUCCACACUGGGAUUUUGCUUCUCUCUUUGUUAGUAUAGUUGUGUAUCUUCUAUGGCUUCUCCUUUGGGUUAUCCAUCCAUCAUUCAGUGUCAUUACUCGCUCUGCCUUCCGCAUCUAAUGGUCUAAACACAAACUGAAGAAGGACUAAGGGGGGAAACCUCUGUCUGGCUAAGCCCUUUAUUUUUCAUUCCUCCACUGUGCAAUUUCAAAUGGUGUUUAAAAUCUUCUAGAAAAGAGAUUGCUUCCUUGUUGCCUGGUGCCUCACCAUUGUCCACCUUUUUUUCUCCCCUGGGGAUAUUUUAUCCUACUGUUCUGUUUGUGAUUGUGAUGUGUUCAGAAUUUGUAAUUCUAAUGUCUUACCAGUCUGUAAUAAUGUAGUUUUAGCGUUUUCAUUUUAAUCUUGCUUCUGAGAAGACCUCAGUUAAAUAAAACAUUUGAAAAAUGUGCGCAGAUUUUAUAACUCAAAAAGAAGAAUUUCCUUUUUCUUUUCAGUUGUUGAGUGUUAGCGUAUAAGAAAAUAAAUAUCUAUUCUUUAAAUAUAUUUGAGGUCUUCGUGCAAUAGCCAACCACUUAUUGAUUCUUUUUGAAAGUUUUCUAACAGGAGAUGUUGCUCCCUGAAUAUUAAUGAAAGUACUGUAAAAUAAUUUCUGGAGUUGCUUUUUACCCAAUGGUGUCUGUAACAACAGGUGUUGUCACAAGUUUGGAUGCUUUGGAUGAAGUGCUACUUUGACCUGUUAUCUUAUUUAAAUGUACUGGUGUCAAAAUGUGCUUGUUGUUUGUGUUUUUUGUGACAUCAUUCAUGCAGUUGUUCUGACCAAAUGCAUUCCCAGACAGCUAUACAUUUUUAUGUCUCCCAGCUAGUUCUGUUCUUUUUCUCUGUUGCAAAAAGAACAUGAUAUGAUGCUUUUGAGGGAGAGAGAGACAAAUAUUCACCCAUUUUUAUUGCUUUUGAAAAAUUUGCUUUUAUUUUUUAGUUUACCACAAAGAACUGUAAUUAUGCCCUAAUCAGACCAAGCGCUGUUGUAUUAUAAUGUAUUUAGAUUUAUAGGAAGUGUAAUUAACUUCGCACAGAUUAUAAUGAUCCAGUAGAUUAAUUAUAUUGUUGUGGAACUGAGAAAUAAAUUAAUAACACUAUUUGGAACCACAAAAUGGUUGAUGAUAAAUGAAUCAAGAAUUGGUCUCAGUAUAAAAUGCGCAAAGCGGAUUGUGCAUAGCUCCUUAGCCACAUGCACUGUGAAUGAGCCCAAUGUUUCUGUCAUUUGUGUGUGUUUGUGUUUGAGAGAGAGAAAAGAGUGUAGUAUUAUCCUGCCCUUCAGAAUAGAAAGUGAAUGAGUUUCUCUUUUGAGGCACUUGUCUAAAUAAAAAAAUAAAAAACUGA